AUGGCUAGGGCUCCGCCAAAUUUUGGAGUGAAUUUGGAUGAUCCAGAUGAUGCAAGACAAGCCGCAACUGCUGAUUGCAUUGGGGCUAUUGAUGGAACACAUGUCUCGGCAAGCGUGCCAAGGGGGGAACAGGAUGCCUUUCGUAACAGAAAAGGCACGCUUUCACAAAAUGUUUUAGCCACAUGUGACCACGAUAUGAGAUUCGUUUAUGUCAGAGCUGGUUGGGAAGGGAGUGCCCAUGAUAGUCGUGUCUUAUUGGAUGCUAUUUCCAAUCCGGAUGCAGCAUUUCCAACCCCACCGGCUGGAAAAUAUUAUGCAGUUGAUGCAGCGUACGACACAUGCCAGGAUUCAUGGCCCCUUUUAAGAGUGGACCAGGAGGAAGAUCACAGACGGCACAGAAAGGAUUAUUUAAUCGCCCAUUCUUCGGUUCGGAAUAUAAUAGAGAGGACGUUUGGGGUAUGGAAAAUGAGGUUCAAAAUUCUGGAUGGUCCUAUGAAAAACUAUCCCAUUGAGGCACAGAGGAACAUUGUAGUGGCGUGCUGCGUAUUACACAAUUUCAUUAGAGAGAUGCAGCCAUACGACGUCUACUUACCGGAUGAAGUUAAUAUGGAUGGCGGAGGUACCGAGGGAGCUCAAAUGCCACAAUUACACGUCACUCCAGAAGCACUCCAUGAUUGGAAGGAAUUACGAAAUGCAAUGGCUGAUCACAUGUACCUUCACCGAAAUGAGUAG